CGUGCGCGGCCUGGCCCGGGCCCGGCUGAGGCGGGCGGCGGGGCCGGCGCUGAGGCGGGCAGGGCCCGGCCGGGCCGGGGCGGCCCGAGGCUUUCGCGGGACGCGAGGCGAACGACGAGCGGCUCUUUCCGCUGGUACUUCCUUUCUGACUUUCAGUAGCAGGGAAAAACUAAAGACCUUGAAGAAAGUUGCCUGCUGCUCCUUACUCUGCAGUAACAAUGCUGCAGAGAUGAGAUUAUAGCAAGCCCUUCCUGUGUGGCCUCCAUGGGUCCCACUCAACUCAGCACACAGGACCAUGGGAAGAGGGUGGCAAGUGUAUUUGAGAUGGAGGAGGAAGGCCUUUCAGUCUUCUCUGGCUCAGAGAACCCCCCUAAGCAUGCAGAAAAUCCCCCGCUGAAGCGGAAGAAGGGCCCGGCCCCCAAGAUGCUGGGAAAUGAAGUCUGCAGUGUGUGCGGGGACAAGGCCUCGGGCUUCCACUACAACGUGCUGAGCUGUGAGGGCUGCAAGGGCUUCUUCCGCCGCAGUGUCAUCAAGGGCGCCCAGUACGUCUGCAAGAACGGCGGCAAGUGUGAGAUGGACAUGUAUAUGCGGCGCAAGUGCCAGGAGUGUCGGCUGCGCAAGUGCCAGGAGGCAGGCAUGCGGGAGCAGUAUGUUCUGUCUGAAGAGCAGAUUCGGCUGAAAAAGCUGAAGAAGCAGGAGGACGAUCAGGCGCGGACAGUCGUGGUGCGUCCAAACCCUCCACAGCCACCAAGUCCUUCCCACCAGCUGACACCUGAACAGUUAAACAUGAUUGAAAAGCUUGUGGCUGCUCAACAGCAGUGCAACCAGCGCUCGUUCACUGACAGGAUCAAAGUGACGCCAUGGCCCCAAGUUCCUGACCCUAAUAACCGUGAAGCAAGGCAGCAGCGUUUUGCUCACUUUACAGAACUUGCAAUUAUCUCUGUGCAAGAGAUUGUGGACUUUGCCAAGCAACUACCUGGCUUCCGGGAGCUCACGAGGGAAGAUCAGAUUGCUUUGUUGAAGACAUCUACCAUAGAGGUGAUGUUGUUGGAGACAUCUCGGCGCUACAAUCCAGAGAUUGAGAGCAUCACUUUUCUGAAGGACCUGAGCUAUAAUCGGGAUGACUUCGCCAAAGCAGGUCUGCAGUUUGAGUUCAUUAACCCCAUCUUUGAGUUCUCAAAGGGAAUGAAUGAGCUGCAACUCAAUGAUGCUGAAUAUGCACUUUUAAUCGCCAUCAACAUUUUCUCUGCAGAUCGACCGAAUGUGCAGGACCAGUCCCUAGUGGAGAGACUACAGCACACCUAUGUGGAAGCCCUUCAUUCGUACAUUUGCAUCAAUAGACCAAAUGAUCACCUGAUGUUUCCACGGAUGUUAAUGAAGCUGGUCAGUCUUCGGACACUAAGUAGUGUUCACUCUGAACAGGUGUUUGCCCUUCGGCUGCAGGACAAGAAACUUCCUCCCCUGCUCUCAGAAAUCUGGGAUGUGCACGAGUGACCGCAUGCUCCCAGGGCACUGAUGUGCCGACAUAACGCCGUGUCCCAGCCUUUGCUAACGAGAAGCCAGCCUCCCCUCUCCAAAGCACUGAACUCUGGGCUAGGCAGUGCAGAGAGUGACGAGCUUGGGGUUUCAAUGUUGUAAUGAGACUAUGCAGGAGGCAGCUGGGGUAGAUCAGAUGAUGGGGGUUGGUUUUGAUGUAGUGCCCACACCCCAAAUGAAUAAUAUGAAACAUCUGAAAACGGUAGAAAUGAAGACUCUCCACGCACAUACACCUCUUUCUUCAGUCUCUUUCUCUUUUCUAAGCAUGUCCUGGGGAUUUGCUAAUCGAUCCUUUCCUCUCUCGUUGAUUAUGAAAAUGAAUUUGCAGGAAUUUGCCAAACCCUCUCUAUUGAGAGUAACCCAGCUCAAAAGGCUUAUGCAGGGUUCCCAGUGUACCUGGAUCUGAGGAGCUCAGGGAAGUCAGUGUGUAUGUUCUAGGGGUUUCACUGGGUUUCCUAUAAAUAAAAUAUCUAUGUGCUGCCCUUUGCAAGGAUUUCAAGAGAAGUAGCUGUUAUUUCCUUAUAGUGAGACUUCAUCUCUAGAGGUGCCCUUUCAUUCUGGCCUUCCUUUGGAAAGAGGAUUCCUCUGAUGUUGGAGCUAAAUGAUCUUUAAGGUCCCUUCCAACCUAGGCCAUUCUGCGAUUCUAAUGUGUAGUGCCCUUUGUCUAACAGGGAAAUCCUCUGGGUAGGGAACAUUUGUACACCAGAAAAAUGUCAGGCAUAAAGUAGAGAAUUUAUUUUUUUUUAAUGUAAUAUAUCACAACUCUAUCUCAUGCUGAUUUGCAGCCAGUUCUCUUUGUCUUGCUAACAGCUGGAAAACUUUAGUUCAAAACAAAUCAGGGCAUAGAUUUUUUUCUGUCUUUAGGGGUGGAAGAGAAGAGAGAAAGGUGGGAAGGACUGGUACCUAGGCAAGGUAGGUGUGGUGGAAGGAUCUCCAAAACUUGCAAGAAUUUGGAGCAUAUGGCAUGUGUUCCAAGGUGAGUGUGAAGAUGUAUUGGCCAAGGAGAGAGGACACACUGCUCUUAGUGAAAUAUGUGGGCAUUGCACAAGCUGUGGGCUGCACAACUCUCAGAUCAUGGGCUGCAGGAAUAUUGAGUGUUACUUCCUCUGCUUGCAUCUUCUUCCUCAUGCCAAAGUCUUUCCAAGGUACUUUCUCAAAGUUCCAGUGGUUAUGAUGGGAUAUGGAGGUCCCUGCUGUAUGAGGAGUGCCAACUGCUUUAGAAGGACACUUGGGUCCUGUAUCCUUCCUUCACGUUGGGCGCAGUGAGAGCCACGCUGGAUUUAUGCCCCGCAUUCUUAAGUAUCCACAUCCAUAAGUAUUCUGGGACUUAAAGCAAUACUUGUCUGACAAGAGAAGCAUACUGUUCCAAAAUGUGUUCCUUAUUUUCCAAGAAACAGCAUCUUUAGGGCUGAUCUCAGAGAUGUAACCUGAAGUAUCCUGGUAGUUUGGUCUCAUGAGUCUUCUCUGUGAUAGGGGUCUGUUUGCUUGCCUGGUGAGCAUCCCGAGAGCCUACAUUCACAUGGCUCGUGUUGGUUUUUUUGUUGGUUUGUUGUUAAUUUUUGGCUGUGUAUCUGAGCGCUAUGCCCGUGGUGAGGGUAUUGUGUCCAUUUUGCACUUGAGGUUGGUCCCUUGCCACUGGCCUUCACUCUGCACCUUUGUAAAGCACUUGUAACAAUCCGUAAAAUAAUCUGUUGUUUUUUAUAACUCAUUGCAAUUGAAAAAAAAAGAAAAAAAAAAAAAAAAAAAAAAAAAUCUUGUUUAAAUCUGUAUUUUUAACUAAUCUGUUUGAGAAAUGUUAAUGUUUAUAUAAAAGAAUAAAGCCUAAUACAGGA